AACACGGGUUGUUUUCUGCUGGCAUCUGAGCGGGCGCCUGCGCGGCGGGGUCCUGCGCUCGGCAGGAAGCAGGAAGCCGGAAGCGGAGGUAAACACAGCGGCUGCUCACCUGAGCCAGAACCCUCGGUACAGCGGCGGAGAUGACGGUCCACAACCUGUACAUAUUUGACCGGAACGGCACCUGCCUCUACUACAACGAGUGGAACAGGAAGAAGCAGGCUGGCAUCUCCAAGGAGGAGGAGUUCAAGCUGAUGUACGGCAUGUUGUUCUCCAUCCGCUCCUUCGUCAGCAAGAUGUCUCCUCUGGACAUGAAGGACGGCUUCCUGUCGUUCCAGACCAGCAGGUACAGGCUUCACUACUACGAGACGCCGACGGGCCUCAAGUUCGUCCUGAACACAGACCUGUCUGUCGGCAGCGCCAGAGACACCCUGCAGCACAUCUACAGCAACCUGUACGUGGAGCUGCUGGUCAAGAACCCGGUGUGUGUCCUGGGACAGAGCCUGGAGAGCGAGCUGUUCAGCAGCCGGCUGGACGCCUUCAUCAGAGGCCUGCCCUACUACAGCCCACGGGCCGCCUGACACACACACACACACACACACACACACACAGAGGCCUGCCCUACUACAGCCCACGGGCCGCCUGACACACACACACACACACACACACACACACAGAGCCCUGCCCUACUACAGCCCACGGGCCGCCUGACACACACACACACACACACACACACACACACAGAGCCCUGCCCUACUACAGCCCACGGGCCGCCUGACACACACACACACACACACACACACACACACACACACACUUGUUUUUAUUCUGUGAUUCAAUAAAGUUUGUCGUAACUUAAACUGUGAA